CCAAUGUAAUGGCGAAUGGUCGAUGAAUAUGGCGCUGUCGAAUGCAUUUCAGCAGGAGACAAAGAAUCUUGAUUUUGAGUUUUUUUAAUUUUGUGUGAAUGUAGGAAUAUUUUCCUGGUGUGUGCGUCAUCACAAAAAUGCCUAGAAGUGUUUAGCAUAGGUUAAAAAUUAGUUCAUUUCAAUAAGGUUGCUUUGGAAAUUGUCAAAAUUGGUUUUCAUUGUAAGAAUUCCUACGAAGUGACAGUAAUCAUGUCUGAUGAUGAAGACAAACCCCCUGCUCCACCAGUCCGUUUAACAAGCAACAGGGGUGACACAACCCCUAACCUGCCGGUCGACAUGCGUCCCCUGCCGAAAGAACCGGACAGUGAUGAAAGAAAGAAGAAAGCUGGCAAAAAUAAAACCCGGUCGAAAGGCCGGGAGUCGGAGAAACCCAACAUAUCCUACCCCACCAAUUUCGAACACACGGUGCACGUUGGCUUCGACGCGGUCACCGGCGAGUUCACUGGUAUGCCAGAGGCCUGGGCCCAACUUCUUAUGCAAUCAAACAUCAGUAAAUUGGAGCAGAAGAAAAAUCCUCAGGCCGUGCUUGACGUUCUCAACUGGUUCGAUACUUCCAGCAAAGAAGUUAAAGGAUCUAAGUACAUGACUACCACAAAGAUGGUCGCCGCUGUGGACACAGCCCUCUCGCCCCGCCCCUCACUCCGCCACCACCCGCACCCCCAACAGGUGCACCCGGCGACGCAUGCGCAGCAGCACACGACUGCUCACUCGUCGCACUCGUCCCACAGCCAGCUGUCCUCCUCACACUCGUCACCCUCGUCCACGACCACACCCGACACCGACUCACAUCAGCCGGUCACCGGCGGCACGGGCUCCAGUGCUAGCGGGGAAGUGGACACCGAUGAGAUGCUGGGAGGUUCGGCGACGCUGCCUACGCCGCCGCCGGUCGCCAGUCGGCCUGAGCGUACAAAGUCUAUUUACACGAAACCAGUAGAGGACACCGUAACGAGCCCGCCGACAGUGCCACCGGUGCCCGCCGCGCGUACCACCAACGGCCUCAGUCCGGGCACCACCCUCGACAAGAACAAGAACCACAACGUGGUGACCAACGCCAAUGCUAACGCUAACUGCACCACCACCAACACCACGCCGACCACCACCAGUCGCAAGAAGAAGCUCAGUGACGACGAGAUCAUCGAGCGGCUGCGGACCAUUGUCAGCGUCGGCGACCCCAACCGCAAGUACACCAAGAUGGAGAAGAUCGGCCAGGGGGCGUCAGGCACCGUCUACACAGCGAUCGAAGCAUCAACCGGCAUGGAGGUGGCCAUCAAACAGAUGAACCUAUCGGCGCAACCCAAGAAGGAGUUGAUCAUCAACGAGAUCCUGGUGAUGCGAGAGAACAAGCACCCCAACGUGGUCAACUACCUGGACAGCUACCUGGUGGCCGAGGAGCUGUGGGUGGUGAUGGAGUACCUGCCUGGAGGGUCACUCACCGACGUCGUCACAGAGACCUGUAUGGACGAGGGACAGAUUGCGUCCGUCUGUCGCGAAGUGCUGCAGGCGUUGGAGUUUCUGCAUUGUAAUCAGGUGAUCCACCGCGACAUCAAAUCGGACAACAUUCUGUUGGGACUGGACGGCAGCGUGAAGCUGACCGACUUUGGCUUCUGCGCGCAGAUCUCGCCCGAGCAGUCGAAACGCACCACAAUGGUGGGCACCCCCUACUGGAUGGCGCCCGAGGUGGUCACUCGCAAGCAGUAUGGGCCCAAGGUGGACAUCUGGUCGCUGGGCAUCAUGGCCAUCGAGAUGAUUGAGGGCGAGCCGCCUUAUUUGAACGAGAAUCCGCUCAGGGCGUUGUACUUAAUAGCGACGAACGGCAAGCCGGAAAUAAAGGAGAAGGAGAAGCUGUCGCAGAUCUUCCAAGACUUCCUUGAUCAGUGCCUAGAGGUUGACGUCGACCUCAGAGCUGGAGCCAGCGAAUUGCUCAAGCAUCCGUUCCUGAAGCUAGCACGACCGCUAGCCAGCCUGACCCCAUUGAUAAUGGCUGCGAAGGAAGCAGCCAAGACAAUGCACUGACAAGCUGGGCGCUCGCAGCAGAGACGACGCGGUUCGUGAUCGCAGCGCCAACGGUGGCCGAAACUCGAACUAAUAUCGCUGUUGCUGCUAGAAAGAGUACUGUGACACGUGUGUGAGUGUGUGUGCUAGAAAGAGUACACGGUAUAAAGUAUUUAUAGUGAUGAAACUGGAGGAUUGUUUUCGAUGUAUCGCUUUCACAGAUAGGGGAGGCUUAUCAAAACGUAGUUUGCUAAUGUAAAAGUUUGUGUUAAAUAAAAAAUAUUACUUUAUUAAACUAGUAGUUCUGUGAAGACCACGAGCAGUUAUAAACCACAGCCUUUUGUAAUACUGUUCAUCAGAGUAAAUUGUGUUCUGCUGAAUAUUAUGGUUCAGAAUUGGCUCAUCUAUAGUGAGGUCCACGUUAUAAUGGCAGUGUACGAUUGACAAUACUCUUGCUGUACUUCUCUAUCAUACAACAAAACAGAUAGCGCUAUCUCUUUCUAGCUUUGCAAUGUUGUCUGUUUGCCAGAAUAUUUUAUUUUUACUUUUGACAGUGACUUUACAAAAGUAAAAAAACAAUUCUCAUUCGCCAUUUUUUCUUCAUUCUAUCAAAAUACUUGAGUACACAAGUCGUAUAAUUGAUUUAAAAUGUAGUUUUGAAACAAUGAAAUAAUUUUUAGACAUUACCGUAUGAGAAACACAAAUUAAAAUACCUGAAAUGACAUUUUAAAGGUUGAUAACUAACCAUCCUAGACUUCAUCCACGCUUCAGUUAGCCUACACGUAUAGGUUAGACCUACUCGUACCGGUAUAAAAUAAUAUUGAAAGGUUAUUUCAGAAUUAUUUCCAUUGAAAUUACUUAUUUUAAAUAAAAUCUCUAUAUUUCUAUUAUUUUUGAAAGAAAUAGUAAUAGAAUCCUACCAAAUAACUUAAUUUCUGUUCUUUUGAAAUUCAGAUUGUUGCAUCUUAGCUUUUCAAAUUAGUCGCCAUUUCAGGUUUGUAUAAAAAUCUAAUCUCAGUUAUGAAAGCAAAUUUUUUAAUCAAAUGAUGAAAAAUAUAUUUUCUUGAUUAAUUUGACAUUAAAUUGGUUAUUUUAUCAAGGAAAUUAUAUUUUAUUAGAUCAAAUUUAAUGGGUAGAAUUGAGUAACAGCUGUGUAAACUCAGUGGCAAAAUGGAGAGACUUUCUUUACUGCCAUUAUAACGUGGACCUCACUAUAGAAUGGGCUGCUUGUAAUGUGAAGUCUCGCAAAAUUUGAACAGUGUCAACCUGCUAUAGUUGAUUCAGCAUCAGCAGAAUUUUUAUUAAUGUGUCAUUAUUGUGGAUCGGUCUAGUUAAGGUGCUUAGUCAAAAAUCCUAUUGUGAAUCAGACUUGUUAGAUGCCAAUUCGGCAAUGGUUUGAUCAGUACGAAUCGAUCAUUACUGUGAAUCGGACUUGUUAGAUGCGUAUUUGGCAAAGGUUGAUUGGUUCGCAUUACUGUGAACCGGUCUUUCAGUUUUAAUGAGCCUCUCCUUGCUGUGAAGAUUGUGUUGAAAUGAUGCUUUUCGCCUCCGAAAACAAAGCCUAUAUUGUGAAAGUAUUCCAUGAUUAAAAGAUUUGAGCCAUGGUAUAAUGGUGCUGGGCUGGCUCCGUGGCUAUGCUGCUUGCAUUCAAUUUCUGAAAAUGAUCUACAGUGGUUUAAACGAAGAUUAAUCAGCUGUUGGUUCAAACCCUGAAUGAAACACAUCAUAAUAAAUUCAAAUAUAUUUUCAUUUAAAUCAAGAUUAGCUUUAAAUGUUUGUUUUAAUUGGUUUAAUGAUUUAGCAUUAUUUAAACCAAGAUUAGUUUUAAACAUAGAUAGAAGUCCAAUGAGCUCACACUCCAAAUACCGCUUCAUCGAACUGAAUUAAUUUUCAACUCAUUUUUCCUAGUUUGAAAUUGAAUUUUGUUUAGACAGGCACUGUGCAGAAGGCACUUGGUAAAUUAAAUUAACUUACUCUUAGGGUCGUUUGCACAGUCAGAGCUUAAACUGAAUUUAAUUAGCUAGUUGCUUAAACUUGAAAUGGAACCACAUUAUAGCAAACCUGACUUGAUACUGAUUUAAUCCAGUUUACAAUGAAAUUUAGUUCAAACUGAAACUGUGCAAACGGCACUUAAUUAUUGUACUUUUUAGACGUGUCAUCUGGAAAGUUUUGAUUGGUAUGCUUUACUCUGACUCGGUAUUCCUGUUUUAGAUAGAAUCCAUUACAUUUUAUGAUUCCUUAAAUAAAUACUGAGGUUAAUCAGAGAUAAGACUUGACUGCGCAAUACAGAACAUUCUCAUUUUAUCAGCACAGCACAGCCCUUAAUAGCUCACCAUUCUCGUAAUUUCUCUCUAUGAAUCUUUUGUCUAUAACUUUUGCCUUAAAGCCAUAAAAAUCGAACUUACCGAGGGUGUUGGAUAAAAAAUGUUAAUUAUAAAUUUGAUAAUUUGAGUUUCAGAAAUUGAGUGCAAGCAAGAUUGACAUUAUCCGAUAUCGUAUAUGUGUUAAAAGUUGAAAGAUCGGAACAUCUAUAUCAUUAACCAAAUUAAUUUCUUAGACAAGCACAAUAAUAAUAUAAAACGUAUAAACUUGUAUAGUUUGGUCUUUACAAAUGAUAUUACAAAUAAUUAACAGAAUGAAUGAAAAUUGAUAAGUGUGAAUGAUUGUGUAUUAUAGGCGUGAAUGCUUCAAGUGAUUUUUUUUGAGAUAAAGACUAUAGUAUCGACGAUAUUAUAUUAUAUAUAAUAUAUAAUUAAUCUGUACAGUGAAUUGUUUUUGUGAUACCGGUAAUGGUAAUAAUAUUGUAUUCUAUCUCUAUUAUCAUUAUGUAUUAAGAAAUAUAUUUUUUGGUUUAUUCGUAAAAUAAUAUUGAAGGGAAAUAUCGAUAUAACUGUUUAAUAUUUCAUUUGCAAUAGUAGUAUUAUGUUGAAAAUGUGUAGAAAAUUGAAUAUUUUAUGUUGAAAAUGUGUCAUGAAGUUUCUGGAUUGAUUUUGCAAUAUUUUAUAGUUGACUGAAAAGUUUUUUCUAAUUUAUGAACACAUAGAAAUCUAUCAAAACAAUUUUUGCUUUAAUGAAUUUUAUCAUGAAUAAUAUUAUAACUAACAACCAAUCAAAUAUCGUUUCAUCGUUUUUGUUUAGCAAUAUAUUAUGUUUAUUCAGUGAUAUCCAAUUUUGCAUAGUGAUUCUACCAUUUGAACUGCAUUUAUUAAUUUUAUUAUUGCGUUUAAUAUAUUAUUUUGUGUUAUUGUGCUCAUAUUAUUAUUUUAAUUUGUGUAUAUAAACCUUGCUGUAUCUGUUAUAACCUGCCUUAUCUGUAGUUAAGCCUGCUUCUAUGUUCUUUUCAGUACAUUAAUACCAGUGCCCUCUUAUUUCUAGUCUUAAAAAUCUUUCAAAUUAUUAUUAACCUUACUAAAAACCUAAAUAAGAAUUUCUUUUGUAUUUUUUCAUUCCUAAUUUUUAUUUAAUUUACUUUAAUUUGUGUAAUCUUAAUUUUUCAUCUUUCCUUACUUUGUUUAAAUUAUGUCCAUUAAUACACUAUAAUAAAUCGUUUUCAUAAUUUAAAACUUUGUCAACCACUGGGUAAAGCGGCUUUAAGUAUUUCAUGUCUUAUCAUUUCCAAUAUUGCAAUAUUUCCUACAAGAUUUAUCAACUAUUAAGCAGUACUGUAUUUAUAACUAUAAUAUUAUUUAUGUUUUGAAAAUAAAAUUAUUUUUUGUUCAA